UACCAGCAGCAGCGCGCGCGACGAGCAGUUUAUUUACAGCGCACUUUAUUAGCAACUCUUUCUGUGAAAGUUUCUUACUUUCAGCGAAUUGCAUGCGCUUCUACUACACUGUUAGUCGUCAUACUGUACAAAUUAGCUUGGGGGGAAAAAACUCCCGAACACUUAGCGUAUAUAUUAUUAUACACUGUUUGCUUGUGUCUACUCGACUUCUCUCGCGAUUCUGAUAUGAAGCGGACUUGACUUGUCGUCUUCCAUUGAGAGAAAGUGCACUCGCCUUAGGGGUCUGCAAUGCCCGAUUCCAUGACGAUGAGCAGGAAUGGCAUGGUGUCUAAAAUACAGACACGCAUACGGACGGAUGCCUUCAAAAACAACUACGACCUGGUGGGCAAAGAGCUGGGCAGGGGCAAGUUUGCAGUGGUCAAGAAGUGUGUGGAGAAGUCAACUGGAAAAGAGCAUGCAGCCAAGUUCCUGCGCAAACGGAGGAAGGGACAGGACUGCCGUGUGGACAUCAUCAACGAGAUUGCUAUCCUGGAGUCUGCUGCGGGGAAUCCCUUCGUGGUGUCCCUGCACGAGGCCUAUGAGACCGCCUCUGAGAUUAUCCUAGUCCUGGAGUGUGCUGCCGGUGGGGAAAUCUUCAACCAGUGCGUGGCAGACAACGAUGAAGCCUUUACAGAGAAGGAUGUCAUUCGGCUGGCCAAACAGAUCCUGACGGGUGUGGCCGGAUUGCACCGGAACAACGUGGUUCACCUGGACCUAAAGCCACAGAACGUUUUGCUGACCAGAGCUCAUCCGUUGGGGGACAUCCGCAUUGUGGACUUCGGCCUCUCCAGGCGAAUGGACAGCAUGGAAGAGGUGCGGGAAAUCCUGGGUACCCCGGAGUAUGUGGCCCCUGAAGUCUUGAACUAUGAACCCAUCAGUACAGCAACAGACAUGUGGAGCAUCGGUGUCCUCAUCUACGUCAUGCUGACCGGCGUGUCCCCUUUCUUGGGUGAUGAAAAGCAGGAGACUUUCCUCAACAUCUCUCAGGUCAAUGUAGACUACUCCCAGGAUGUCUUCGAGGGCGUAUCAUCGCUAGCUGUGGACUUUAUCAAGUCCCUUCUUGUCAAGAACCCUAGGAAGCGGGCCACUGCAGAGGAGUGUCUGAAGCACCCUUGGCUGAACGGACACUCGAAUCCCCUGCCCCACCUCCACAACGCCCUGCGGUCCUCUCUAGACGAACCCGAGAACAGCCCGUCCGAGUCCGAACCGGAGCUGGAAAGCCCCGCCCCCUCGCCAGAGCUGGUCAUUGUGACUUCUUACACGACGUGCUCAGGCCAGAGCGAGAUGAAGUCGGUGAGGGGUGCCUUCGCCUUUGACGAGCCCUUCGCCGCCCGCUCAGAGAUCAAGCAGGAGCUCAUCUGCUAGGCCUCCAUAGGCAGUUGGACCAGGGAGAGCUGAGCCGUGGUUGUUUGGACUAGCCCAGGUCAGCUCGGUGCCGCUCGGAAGCACUUUGAAACCCUGCGUGCGUGUUGUGCGGGUGCUUUCUGACUGCUUGUGUUGACCGUAUAUAUUUUUUUUCAUGAAUGCCAGGCUGUGGGGUCUAGAGUCCUGCUUGAUUCAUUUGCCACCCUGCUAUGCCUGCACACCCUUUGAUGGAACUCAUAGCUAUAAA